AGAUCGCAUAAGAGUUCAAAUCCAUCGGUUAAAAAGUUCUGGAGUAAUGAUGAGGACAACUUUUAGAAACGCAUGAAAUAUAAAAGUUUUUUACAUCAGUUUUAAAUUCUGUGCACUGGGGAGAUCUCAAAAUCGAUUUUAAGGACUUUCUACUUUCUGUGGCUGUCGAUAUCAGCUGGAGAUUUGAUGACACGCGAUGGAUGAGGCGGUCAAGGGUUCGAUAGACAUCACAGCUAUAGUACAGGAGAUCCUGCUGGUACUGACAGGAAUUUUACUGCUGGUUCUGCUGCACAAAAACUGGAAAAACCAAUCGGCUAUCCCAGGUCCUCAAUGGUUGUUGGGACUCGGCCCAAUUCUGAGCUACAGCAGAUUUCUGUGGAUGGGAAUAGGAAGCGCCUCCAACUAUUACAAUGAAAAAUAUGGCAGCAUUGCUCGGGUUUGGAUCAACGGAGAAGAGACCAUCAUACUCAGCAAAUCUUCAGCUGUAUAUCAGGUUCUGAAGAGCAGUAACUACAUUGGACGUUUUGCCAGUAAAAAAGGUUUGCAGUGUAUCGGCAUGUUUGAACAGGGCAUCAUCUUUAACAGCAACAUCGCACUGUGGAAAAAAGUGAGAACAUACUUCACCAAAGCUUUGUCAGGUCCAGGUCUUCAGAAAUCGGUGGAAAUAUCCGUCAACGCUACCAGAAAACAGCUUGAUGUCCUGCAGGAGUUCACAGAUCCUUCAGGACACGUUGAUGUGCUGAAUCUUCUGCGCUGUAUUGUGGUGGACGUCUCCAACCGUCUCUUUCUAGGAAUUCCUCUCAAUGAAAAAGAUUUACUGUUAAAGAUCCAUCGAUACUUCAGCACCUGGCAGACGGUUCUGAUACAGCCCGAUCUUUUCUUCAGACUCAACAUUUUGUACAAAAACUACCACAUGGCAGCAAAGGAACUUCAGGAUGAGAUGGAAAACCUUGUGGAAAAGAAACGUCAAAUCAUAAACAAUACAGAAAAGCUGGAUGAGAUGGAUUUUGCCACAGAGCUGAUAUUUGCUCAGAACCACGGUGAGCUGUCUGUGAAUGACGUGAAGCAGUGUGUGCUGGAGAUGGUGAUAGCCGCACCAGAUACGCUUUCCAUCAGCCUGUUCUUCAUGCUUGUCCUAUUGAAGCAAAACUCAGCCGUGGAGGAGCAGAUCGUACAGGAGAUAGAGUCGAAAAUAGGUGAGCGUGACGUACAGUCUGCUGAUCUACAGAACCUGAACGUUCUCGAGUGUUUCAUUAAAGAAUCACUGAGGUUUCAUCCAGUGGUGGAUUUCAUCAUGAGGCAAGCUCUGGAUGAUGACUACAUUGAUGGCUACAGGGUGGCAAAAGGGACAAAUCUCAUACUGAACGUCGGACGCAUGCACAGAUCAGAGUUUUUUAAAAAACCAAACGAAUUCAGCCUGGACAACUUUGAAAACAACGUUCCCUCACGAUACUUCCAACCAUUCGGCUGUGGUCCACGGGCCUGUGUUGGAAAGCACAUCGCAAUGGUGAUGACAAAGGCCAUCCUGGUGACCAUGUUAUCGAGGUUCACGGUCUGUCCUCGGCAGGGCUGCACCAUCAGCACCAUCAAACAGACGAACAACCUCUCCAUGCAACCUGUGGAGGAAGAUCCAGACUGCCUGGCCAUGCGCUUCAUACCACGAACACAGAAAACGUACAGCACUGAAAUGAUAGACUAACACAACACAAAAUAUAAACAAAAACAAUUAAAACAGCAAAUUUAUCAAGUUUAAAGUUGAUGGUGGCUGCUCCAAACCUAUAGGGGGCAACAGAGAGGCUACUGCUAUCCAAAUCAUUUGGGAAAAUGAUUAUUGGCCA